GAUUCCAUGGGUUUUCACAGAAUCCUACAGAUCUCACUGGAGAACUGGGACAAGGCCUGCUUCUCUGACUCCCAGCUUAUGUUGCUUCCCUCUCCCACCCAUCCACCCCCCCUUUUUUUUUUCAGUAGACAAAGACAGCUCAUGGGACCAGAAAAUCAAACAGUCGUCUCAGAAUUCCUUCUCCUGGGACUCUCAGAAAAGCCAGAGUAUCAUGCCCUCCUGUUUGGGCUGUUCCUCUCCAUGUACCUGAUCACUGUCUUUGGGAACCUGCUCAUCAUCCUGGCCAUUGUCUCAGACUCCCACCUCCACACGCCCAUGUACUUCUUCCUCUCCAACCUGUCCCUCGUCGAUGCCUUCUUCUCAUCUACCACUGUCCCCAAGAUGCUGGCAAACCUCUGGUCCCAGAGCCGCGCCAUCCCUUUCGCCGGCUGCCUUGUCCAGCUGUAUGCCUUCCACCUGUUUGGGACCAUGGACAGCUUCCUCCUGGCAGUGAUGGCCAUUGACCGGUUUGUGGCCAUUGUCUACCCUCUGCGCUACUUGGUCAUCAUGAGCCCCCGUGUCUGUGGGCUGCUGGUCGGUGGGCCGUGGCUGAUCACCAACCUCCAGUCACUCGUGCACACCUGCCUCAUGGCUCAGCUGACCUUCUGCGCAGGCUCCGAAAUCCCCCACUUCUUCUGUGACCUCAUACCCCUGCUGAAGCUCUCCUGCUCCGACACCCACACCAAUGAGCUGGUGAUCUUUGCUUUUGGCAUUCUCAUGGGCAUCAGCCCGCUCUCAUGCAUUCUCCUCUCUUACACCUGCAUCUUCCGGGCGGUCUUCAAGAUCCCUUCUGCUCAGGGCAAAUGGAAGGCCUUCUCCACUUGUGGCUCCCACCUCACCGUGGUGUCACUGUUCUAUGGCACCAUCUUCACUGUGUACUUGCACCCCGCAUCUCUCACCUCCUCCCAGAAGGACAAGGCAGCUGCCCUGAUGUGCGGGGUGGUCAUCCCCAUGCUGAACCCAUUUAUCUACAGUCUAAGGAACAAGGACAUAAAGGCAGCCCUGAGGAAGUUCCUCAGCAGAACAACCUCCUCUCAGUCCUAG